GAGCGCGAGUGCUGGCAAAUCCACGUCGAUAUCGUCCGCCUCCUGCAGCAGGAAAGCUUCGACGCCAACGACCUCGAGAAGCUCGAGAAGCUGACCAAGAGAUGGAAACAUCUCAUGGUCAAGUUCUACGGCGGCGUUGCCGAGCGGCAGCGAGCGACGAGCUCGAAGAAGACGCGGUCGAAGAAGCGGUCGAAGAAGCGGUCGCGGACGGCCGAGACGGCGGCCAGCGACACGACGACGAGUGGAGAGAAGCCACUCAGCUUCAAAUUUCUGAACUUCGAGGUCGUGCAACACUGGCCGGAGUUGAUUUGCUUCCUUGGGCCCCCAUGGGUGCAGGACACGUGCCUGUGGGAGCAGCGGCACCUCGCGGCGAAGAUGACCGCGCAUAGGACGAACCAGAUCAACACCGAACGUGCAAUUCUUGUGAAGGAACCCUACAUGCUCAGUGUUUGUGGCACAACAACCAGCAUCACGAGGGACCGCAGGCGCAACCUCUUCGACGCAGUCAGCUGUGAGCUGGGUGAGGGCGUCCAGAUAGUGGAUGACAUCACCUCGCACAAGUCGGCCCACUACUAUGGCCACUUCCUGCGACCAGGCGAUGGGAUCGCCUUGCGUGUUCCCAAAGACUAUCCAAAUUGUGUUGUGAUCGGAAGGAUAUCUCGUCUGCUUCGCAUUGCCUGCGACAACGUGGUGAAGGCGUGGGUUGAGCUUGAGCUUGGCGAUCUGCGCGGCGUCAGUGAUGGCUUUCUUGAGUUCCGGCUCAGCCAGCGAUGGUUCUACCUUCCCUUUGGGUGGAAUGGAUGGACCGUCGCCAAGCGCGUCCACCUCAUGCAACAACAUGCGGGCUUGCUCUAUAACCAUCGCAUUAGGUGGCACCUGGGCGACAGGUGGGCCACACCGGCGAGCGGCGCACGACCAGUGGCGUGGAGCACGACCAGCGCGAUCGGCGGCGCGGAGCACGACCAGCACGACGACUAG